GCUGGGGCAGCAGGAAGGAAACAGGCAGUCGCCCGUCGUGAAUGAGGUCGCGUUUGACCGUUUCUGUCCUGGUGACUCGUGCGUCCUCGGCACUGAAAGACUUGGAUGAUGCACUUGGCCACGCGGGCCCACGUGCAGGCCGAGCGGAAGGCCAGUGGAUCGGAACCUGCUGCUGUCUGACACUCGAUGCCUGGUGAUUACGUCCAAAAGACACCUAAAAUACACAGAAAAGGUUUUGGUUGCACUGUGUGCUGUUGGAUUUGUGAUGUCCCGUACAACGUAAUCAUGUUUCCAAAGCAAUUCUAGUGACACUUGUAAUCUAGUGUUAUUUUUCAGUUCAUUUGCUUUCUGAGACAGACAACUUGCAGAACUGUCAGACCUUAUAAUGUACUGUAUGGCGUGUUUAAAAAGUAUUUUAGGAGAAUCAUUGCUAGAAAACUGAAACAUCAGACUCUCUCUCCAAGAUGUACCUCAGUGCUGUGAAUCACCGCAUACCUCUAAGUGAUGGAAAUAGCAUUCCCAUCAUCGGGCUUGGUACCUACGCGGACCCUAACUCGUCCUCUAAGGAAGGCUGUGCAGCAUCAGUGAAGGUUGCCAUCGACACUGGGUACCGACACAUUGACGGGGCCUACGUCUACGGAAACGAGCAUGAAGUGGGAGACGCCAUCCGGGAGAAGAUAGCAGAAGGAAAGGUGCGGAGGGAGGACAUCUUCUACUGUGGAAAGCUGUGGGUUACAAAUCUUGUCCCAGAGAGGGUCCGCCCAACUCUGGAAAGGACACUCAAGACCCUCAAACUAGAUUAUGUGGAUCUUUACAUCAUUGAAAUGCCCAUGGCCUUUAAGCCUGGAGAUGAAAUAUAUCCUAGAGAUGAGGAUGGCAAAUGGUUAUAUCACAACUUAGAUUUGUGUGCCACUUGGGAGGCUUUGGAAGCCUGCAAAGAUGCUGGUUUGGUGAAAUCCCUCGGAGUAUCCAAUUUCAACCGCAGGCAGCUGGAGCUCAUCCUGAAAAAACCAGGACUCAAACACAAGCCAGUCAGCAACCAGGUUGAGUGCCACCCAUAUUUCACCCAGCAAAAACUCUUGAAAUUUUGCCAACAACAUGACAUCGUCAUUAUUGCAUACAGCCCUUUGGGGACCUGCAGGAAUCCAAGAUGGGUGAAUGUUUCUUCUCCACCUUUGCUAAAGGAUGCAUAUCUAAACUCAGUCGGGAAAAAGUACAAUAAGACCACAGCUCAAGUUGUUUUGCGUUUCAACAUCCAGCGAGGGGUGGUCGUCAUUCCUAAAAGCUUUAAUCCUGAAAGGAUCAAAGAAAAUUUUCAGAUCUUUGACUUUUCUCUCACUGAAGAAGAAAUGAAGGAGAUUGAAGCCUUGAACAGAAAUGUCCGCUUUGUGGAACUGCUCAUGUGGCGUGAUCAUCCUGAAUACCCAUUUCAUGAUGAAUACUGACUUCAGAGAGUUGCUGAACAGAUUUUUCCCGCCCGUUUGUGCUAUGACCUUGGGCUGGGUGGUCCCCACAUAUAUGAAAAUGAAAGGGUUUUUACUAUCCUCAGAUGAAGUGAUGAUGGAAACAUGCUUCACUUUUGUG